CCCUAGUCUCGGGCUUCAAACCUGCGAUGUUCCAUCCCUGGCCAUGGCGGCUCUUGUGGCUUGCUGUGGUUGUGACGCAUGCGCAGUUCACGGCCUGUGUGCCUGGACGCUACGGUCGCCAAUGUGAGCAUUUGUGCACCUGUGCCGACUAUGAGGAAUGUGAAGAUGGCCCCACAGGCUCUGGUGAAUGCAGCUGUAUGGCGGGUGAGGAGGCUCGAUGCGGCCUGCCAUCUCCGCCUGAGGGUGCAACAGCUGGAGUUGGCUUGGGGACAGUGGAUGCCUUGGUCUUUCAGAAUCUCACGCUCCAAGCGCUGCCGCUGGAUCCAGAGACGGCGCGCCGCUCGCGGCAGGUCUUUAACGCAUCAGUAUCCCUGACCAGGCCCCAGCCCUUUCGGGGAUCCGCCCGGUUAGCCUUGCUGAAUCCGGAGGUGGCUCGGCGCUUGGGGUUGGCGCCGGAGCUGGUGGACGAGGCUAUCUUCGCAGAGCUUCUGAGUGGCAAGCUUCCAUUGCCCAGCACUGUUCAACCCUUUGCCCAUGCAUACGGUGGACAUCAGUUCGGCUCCUGGUCCGGGCAGCUGGGCGAUGGCCGCGCCAUGUCCUUGGGCCACGUCCUGGGCUUCGCGCCCGACCAGCACAUCGCCGAGGACUCUGUCCGCUGGUGGCCCUGGGAACUCUCACUGAAAGGCGCCGGCAAGACACCCUACAGCCGGGGUGGUGACGGCCGUGCUGCCCUUGCAAAUGCUGCGCGAGAGUUCUUUGCGCCGAUCUUCCUGGAGUCCAAUGGCAUCCCAAGCUGUGGCACCCUGGCGGUGCUGGGCAGCGAUGCAGAGGAGGACCGCCUGGCGCGCGACGAGUGGUACACCGGAGAGAUGUCCUUGAAGAAGCCGGGCAUCACUCUGCGCGCCAUGCCCAGCUUUUUGCGCUUUGGAUCCGCCCAGCUCGCUGCCAAGCGUCAGGGCGUCCCGGGCCUGGUACGUUUGGCGCGCUAUGCCUUGGCCGUGCUCGCGCGGAUGGAAAGCCACGAUGAGGCCAGCAGCUACCUGGAGCGCCUGAGGCCUCUCCCGGACGCCCUGCGCCAGCAGUGCUUCUUCGGACGGGCGGUUUCGCCCAGCUGUGCUGAAAGAGCCUCUGAGGCCACAGGUCAAGAGGUGCUGCGUUGUUUGCUGGAGCGCAUGGUGCACCGCACGUCGGCAUUGGUCGCCGCAUGGAUGGCCGUGGGCUUCGCCCAUGGAGUCAUGAACACCGACAAUCUGAGCUUGUUGGGGGUCACGGUGGAUUUGAAUGUCUAUGGCUUCUUGUCGAAGUAUGACCCUGGAUGGGCUCCCAAUCAUAUUGAUGACACUGCCCGGUAUGCCUUUGGCGCGCAGCCAGAGAUUGCAAAGUGGAAUCUCGAGAGACUGAGUGACGCUUUGACGGGGACGCCCUUCCUGGUGGACCGGGAGCCGGAUGCCACCAGCUGGGCGGAGCCAGGAGAGUGGCUUGACCUCAAGCGGGCACAGCGGGAGCUGCAGCAUUUUGACGAGCUCUUUGAGCGCUGCUACGUGGUGCGAAUGGAGCUCCGGCUGGGUUUGCUGGCCUCGGGUCGCCCGUGUGGCACCGACCGCGGUCCUGGCUGCGUGGUGAAGAAAUGGACCACAUGGCUGGAGCAAACAGGUGCAGACUACCCACGUGCCAGCCGCCUUUUGGCCGAGCUCUUGGCUCCGAGCGCUGCUCGCCCUCCCGCAGAGAGCUUGCGCGAGAGCUUCGCCGAGGCUGUAGGUGCCAAUAGCACCGCAGGGCUGGAAGAGUUCCUGCAAGAGCUGCAAGCGCUGAGACCAGAUCCCGACGCCUUGCGCGCGGCCGUGCCGCGGCUCAGUUUGCGCAGCCACGUGCUGAUGGAGGCGGCCAAGCUGGUGGAGCUCAAGAAGCAAGUUGCAUGGGUUCUCUAUGGUUCCCUCUUUGUCUCCACGGGAGCCUGUGGCUUGCUUGAUUGCUUGCUCGUCAGGAUCCAAAGUCCGCGACUUCUUGCGAGCGCUUCAGCAGCUAUUGCAGCAUCCCUUUGGGGAGAUUGAGGGCAUCGCAGCGAUGAGCUCUGUGGUCGAUGACCCGAAGGCCUUCUGGAAAGGCACCGAUCUCACUGCUGAGGAGACAGAGGUGGAUUUGCGGCCUUCGCUGCAAGGGCGCCUGCAUGCUUUGCCACCAGAGUCGUUGAAACAACUUCGAACCAGUUGCGGAGCGCAAUGAAAACUUUUGCGACGGGCAGACGGAGGGUCUGAAGCGUUUUGACGAC